UAAAAGCGAAGGACAAUAAUUCCCAUACUCGGACAUGGCCAGCACCCAGACCAGUUUGAAAACCCCUUUUAAAGACUUGACCUCAUUUAAGGGCAACAUGAAGAGGCUGUACAGGGAGCGCAUGGAGGAUGCGCCCAUCAAGAAACGAGUGAUGGCAGAGAUCAAUCUGAAGAGGCGUGGCUUGGACUCCCUCCCGAAACUUCCCAAGGUGAAGAAGGAGCUGAUGGAAGAUCUGGCCCACGAGGCUGAGAUGGACACCGAGGCCCGCAGCGAACUGCACAUUGUGGGCUCUGUGAAAGCCCUGGACCUGAGUCCUGGUCUCAAACACACGCUGGCCCAGUUCACCCUCAGCAGCCAGAGCUCCCUCGGUGGCCCAGCCGCGUUCUCGGCCCGAACGGGCCACGAGAGUUCCCCCGCGGGACUGCCGCCCCUGCCCUCCCCGCCUGUUCUGGGCGGAGGCCCUCUUCUGGUUCCCUGCGACAGCUCCACCGAACUCACCCACUCUCUGCUGGAAGGAGAAUCCAUCUCCUGCUUUGUGGUCGGUGGCGAGAAGCGGCUCUGCCUGCCUCAGGUGCUGAACUCGGUACUGCGGGACUUCUCGCUCCAGCAGAUCAACACCGUGUGUGACGAGCUUUAUGUCUACUGCUCCCGCUGUGAUGCCGAGCAGCUGCACAUCCUCAAGGUGCUGGGCAUCCUGCCGUUCAACGCUCCGUCUUGCGGCCUCAUCACGCUGACUGAUGCGCAGCGGCUGUGCAACGCUCUGCUGCGUCCCGGUGCCGCCUUCCCCACUGACCCCAGCGGCAAACUGUUAUCCCAGGGCCUGCUGAAGGAGAGCGAGGCCAGCUUCCAGGUGGAGCACCAGUGUCUGGGCAAGUGUCAGGGCCUCUUCGUGCCCCAGUUCUACACCCAACCCGAGGCCCCCUGCAUCCAGUGCGUUGAGUGCCAGCUGCUCUUUUCGCCACAGAAGUUUGUCAUGCAUUCACACAAGUCACCUGAUAAGAGGACCUGCCACUGGGGCUUUGAUUCGGCCAAGUGGCCCUGCUACCUGCAGCUAGCCAGGAAGUACCAAGGGACUCCGGAGGAGCCCAGACUCAAGCAGCUGCUGGACGAGGUCAAAGAGAAGUUCCACUAUCAGCUCAAGAGCUCCCUUGACAAAAAGUCAGGAGAGGAAGAGGAGAGCCAGCUGAGGAAGUCCUCGGUGGAAAUUUGCUCCGCUUCAGACAAGUUAGCCGACACAGAGCCUACGAGAAAGGGGAAACCAUCCCCACCGGCUCUGAUGUUCAACCGUCUUUUUACGGACAUCAAGGAGGAGCCAGGACACCCCACCCUGGUCCAUCCCAGUUACUACCUGUACACAUACGAUAAGAUGGUGGCUCCCAACGUUUCUCUGAGGAGGGAGGCGGAGAUGAGCCCCGACGUGUUCGGCGCGCUGCUCAAGCAUCACUACAGCCGCAGGAUACUGGGCCACGAAGAGCCACCAAUGGAUCUCCACGCGUCGCCUCCUGUCACGGCCGGCGCCGGGGAGGCCAAAUCCCAGAGCGUGGCGGCUGCUGCCUUGGCCACUGAGCGGGAAAGCCAAACCCAGGCAGUUUCCAUGGAGACGAGCAGCCCGUACUGCAAGAAAGCCACCCACAUCCCCUCCCACACUCCUCCUCCGGCAUCUCUUCCUCGGUCUGCGUCGAUGCUAUCGUCGGAAACGGAAGCAGCGUCUAAGGACAUGAGCGCCGCUGACGCCGUGGCGACGGCGGCGGUGGGGGGUGUGGAGGACGACAAGGACAGGAUUGUUGUGGAGAUCAUGCAGAUGUACAGCAGGCAGCAGGAGAAGCUCAACUCCACCCUGCAGAAACAGCUGCAGCUGGAAAUGGAGCUGGAGGCGUUGCGUGGGGGCGAGGCGGCGAGGCUACAGGAGCUGAGCGCGGAGCAGCGGGAGCUCCGCAGCGAGCUGGAGGCGGUGCACAGCGAGCAGGCGCGGCGGCUCGGACAGGCCCGCCAGGAGCAGCUGGAGCUGGAGAGCCGUCUGGAGCAGCUCCGGCAGCAGGCCUGCGCCUGCGAACCCGGGGCCCAGCGGCAGCAGGAGGCCCACUACACCGCUCAGUUGUCGGAGCUGCGGCAGAGGUUGGAGCGGGCCGAGGCCGACCGGCAGGAGCUGCAGGAGGAACUUCACCGGGAGCGGGAGGCACGGGAGAAGCUGGAGCACACCAUCGCCCAGCUCAAGCAACAGAUGGCCCAGUCUGGCAUGAUGGGAGGCAGUCCCUCUCCCCCUCUCACUCCCUCCACUGGACCCCUGAACGCCCACUCCCCACCCUGCUCCUCCUCCAUGGCUGAGGCUCUUGUGGCCGACCUGAAGUAACGGCGACAUUUUCUUCCCGUCACUUGCCAACUCUACAGACACAAACAAUUCAGCCUGACCCUACGCAGGCUCCCCUUCUGAUCCCCGUUUUUAAAAGAUACAACAUUACAAGAUUUAUGUUUUCUUUUUUUUGCAUAUAUAUAUUCCCAGUUCUCUCUUUAAACAGUAUUUAAAGACUUUUUGGGCAUGUAUGUUUGAUUUAAUUUAUAGUUUUUAAUAAACUAACAGCUGCUUUAGAGACAGGAAGUUCCAUCACUAUCCUUUCCCACUUGGAUCAUCGUCCUUCUUGCUCCCUGGUUCCUGGAGCUGAACACUCUGGAUUUUGGACUCCACUGUUCCUCGCUGGUGACACUUUAUGUUACUACCUGGCGUGGCCGCCGGUACCUACAGACUUUGUAAACAUGAAGCUCAGAUCCUCAACAAUCAGCGAGUGGAGGAGUUUAAAAUGACGUCUCUCUCUCUAUACAUAUAUAUAAAAAUAUAUAUUUUCUUUUGGACUCCUUAUAAACACAAAUAAAUAUAAUAAUGUUAAGUCUUUAUGGAGGAAAAAAGACCUUUACUGUACAAAAGCAGACAUUUGUCAUUCGCAGAUGUUGUAGGACCUCAUGAAAAUAUGCCAGUAAUGACGCUGAUGUUGAAGUGACUGAGUGUGACCUCUCCCCAAAACCCCUCUACACUUCUUGUACUUAGCUAUGAAAUACUACAGCCUGGAGGGAAGAUUGGUUUCCUCUUCACUCAACCGGCCAGCUGCUGGUCCUCCUCGGUCUGGGCACGGGUCAUUCAGACAUCGAGCUAUGAUAGGUUUUUAAAACAUUCCCUUUUCAAAACUGCUAAAAUUUCUCCGUCAUUUGGUUCCUAUGGUUCAAAUCCCUUCAUGACACCAAAAAAAGUUGUAGAGUGAUCAGAGUGAACAAAAACAUUACCUCUCCACACUGGUAGCCAACUAACUGAAAGUAGGUUACAACUUUUCAACCGACUAGCCUGGGCUUUCCAAAAGGGCCAAUCAGCGAACAGAAAGAGACGAUGACGUUUUCUGCGCAGGUUUAGUAGUCUACCUUUACCUUUAGCUUCAGCAGGGGAGGAAGUGAACGGAGCCGUUCUGUCCACACUUUCAAAUAUUGAAUCAACUUCUCUCUUUGCAGUGGAGGAUGGUUGUUUGCUGUAAACAAGGUAAUUUCCGGUAAGCGUCAUGGCAUCAAACUUUACGAAUUGGGUACAAUUUAAAACUUCAACAUAAUCUACCCCUCCAGCUAGCAAUCGUUUGAAAAUAACCAAAGGUCCAGACGCUGUGUACUGGUUUUUGGUUUUACAGAACUUGAAAAGUCAUCCUCUGACUAAUUAACUAGAUAUUUUUAAAGCUUUUUAUUCACCAGUGAGUCUAAGAAGAGCAGAAUGACAGCAGCUACUAACUUAGCAAGUGUUUAAUUUAGAUUUGUCCUCUAAUCUAUGCAAUAAAACCAAUAUAACAGUAAAUACAUCUUAUAAAUGAUAAAGCUUCACGGGAGUUUGCCAGUUUUCUGUUAAAUAUUGAUAAAAAAAUCCUCAAAUCUCACCACACCCAACCAGGAAAUUCGUUGAAACCGAGUAAAUAAAACGAAUUAAAGUUGCAUUUCUCGUUUAAUUUAACACUUUUUUUUUAAAUGAUAACUAUUAUUAAACCCUUCAACCUGAGGUAUUUUUACUCACCCUUUAUCACACUCUGAUCUCACUCCGGCCCAUGAUGCAGUUUGAGCACAGAUGUUGUUUUCUUUUCUUUCUUCGUUACCAUGACGACGCAUGAAAGAACCCGCAACGUGUCUGCACACGCUGGAGUGUGUCGGUGCGUCGCAGCCAUCCGUGCGGAACGGUGGCCCCUGCGUUCCCAACAGACGGAUCAAAGCUGCAGGCUGUCACGGCUCUCUGAGCCUCUCUCUUCGUCGUUAGACAUUCUUGUCGUCUAAGAAUGCGGGUCGCAGGUGAAAGCUGUCGGUUCGCUGGAGUUUCGGGUUCCGUUUGCACUUAUUCACGAGCAGCGUGAAGCGGUGGACAUUUAGCACCGAGGCUCGCUAAUGGCAGGCUGGGUGGCCCCGACUUCGAUGGAGCUUUCCCCCCCACUUGUUUGAAGCAGAUGUCGGGGGACCCCUGUGGUGGAUGACCCACAUCCAGAUCAGAUGCCCGGGAGGAAUCCCAUCAUGCCCAGGCUGAAGCGCUUUUUAUCACCACUAUAAAAAGAUCCCUGUGAGCGUCUGUGCGAGUGCGUGCGUGUGUAAAUAACUGUAACGGGAUCGUCCUCGGUAUAUAAAAAAACAAAAGCAAAAAAAAAAAAAAAAAAAAACUGAGCUUCUUUUUUAUGCAUCUGCUAUUAAUGCAAAUUGAUAAGACAUUCCACUGUGCUCCAUCCUGUUCGAUGCAGAUUUUAUUACACAGCCUCCCUUUACAGAGACGGACCGGAAGGAGCGGACAGAGAGCAGGCGGAACAAAUGUACACUCUACUGUUGUUACAUUGAAAACAUUUAUUAAGAUGAUGAAAGAAAAAUGUUUAACAUAUAAACGGAAGAUUUAUAUUCACUUUGUAAAUAAGGUAGUCAUUAAUAUAUUAACUGUUCUUAUAUAAAUGAUCUAUAAAAGGUUAUAUGAUUUGGACCACAGCUGAGGCUCCACUGGGCCUAAAUGUUUUGCUUUCGUUUAUUUAAAAAAAGAAAAAGGACUCUUCUGGAGUGGAUGUGGGGGAAUGAAGUGCAUGGUUUACUCAGACAUCAACUAUAAAACUAAAAAAAAAAAAUACUUUGUUACACACUUUUACUCCACUUUCAGAACCGACGCUGUUGUUUUUAUGGAUUUUAUCAUGACAGAUUUUUUUUUUUUUUUUUUUUUGCUUUUUGAACCUUCUCCCUUAAUCUAAAUCAGAAAUUUGUUCAAGAAGACCUUUUGGAGAAAAAAACAAAAAGAAGAAAAAAAAAGUUUGCAUGUUUUGCUGCCCUCCCAGUUUAUGUCGCCAAGUUACAAUCUGUUUAUUGUUAGGAAAAAAAAAAGACUGAAGAUUUCCCUCCUCAGAUUUUUUAAAAAGGCUCAUCUGCAUGAAUUAUUGAACAUGUGCAAAGUUUUAUCUCCCUUGUGGUUGAGAGGCUGGCCAGGAUAUGAAGUCACAGUAUGAUCAUAAAGAUUGUAAACUGUAGAAUAAUUUGGUCUGACUAUUUUUUUCCCCACAUUGAAAUCAUGUAUUAACCAAUCAGAUGCUAAUCAGUAUUACUUUUAUUCUCCUGUUUGAUUCUGCAGCAGAAAAUUCACCCAAGAUGUGGGUUUUUUUCUACUGUCAGAGGAGUUUGCAUUGUAACCACAAGUGGGCGCUGUUUAGUCUUUUUAAGUGUGCAUCUAUUACUAACCAGUAGGACGGGAAAAACUCCAUUUAAGAUGACAUGCCAGGCCUUUCUUUGGCUUCUUGCAGCGCUUUGAGAGCUUAGACGUGUUUUGUACAGUUGUGAAUUUUGCCAAACUGAUAAAAACGAAAAGAAGGAGCCUGGAAAAUGACUGCAGAAGGCUCAGAUUGACAGUCGAAGCUGGAAUUUACGCAAAAAUAAGCCUAUAUCUGUUGCUUUCCCAUCAGUGCUGUUUGCAAACAUGAAACGCAGUGUCUGUGUGUGUGACCAUUGAAUACUACGUUGCCAAUACUACAGUGUGAUGAGACUUUUGUUCUUGCAUGAAUUAGAGACACUGUUCUCCUACCUCAUGUUGUGAUAUAAGAUGUUUUUUUAAAGCAGAGGACACUGCAUCUCUAACUGUUGAGCAUCAUUAAUAAAUGACAUACCUGUAAAUGCUUUUAGCCGAUAUCUCGGUUGUAUUUAGUGGGUUUUUUUUUUUUUUUGUUUAUUUCUGGAUUUUCCCCCCUCUUUCUUCCCUGAUUUCAGAACCUGUAAAUAAAUCCUGUAUAGACGAUGAACUUGGAUCAAAUUCAAGUAAAGUUCUGUAGUGUCAAAACAA